GCCAAUCAUACUGUCGAGAUCUGUGUGUUCAUUCUGGCUCUGCAAGCCGAGAGAAAAAGAUUGUCACUACGCAUUCGCAGACCUAACGCAAUAUUACGACAUUGACUCAACAGUUUCCGUGGCGAGUGCCGUCGCAGAUCGCUCCCGUACUUUCGUCGCUAAAAAGUUGUGUUAUGAGCAACUGUCUAUUCUUGGGUUCCUCUCGCCUAGCAUGUUCGUUACUGCGUACUCAUGCUUCUCGCAAACUGCCCUCCACUUUGCGGAUUCAUUCAUCUGCUGUCGACUGGAAAGUAAGAAGGUCGGAAAAGAUCAAGAAGAAGUCAUCGUCUGUUAUCCAUUCUGCUGCCGUAACCGCUGAGAACACUUUUGUGCAAGGUGCGUUAAAAGAAAUGAAAGAUGUAGAAACAAUUUUAGGAGAGGAAUUGGCUAAGCACUUUUCACUGCAGGUUGACCUACGCGUGUAUGAAGAUUUAAUGGUGAAACUGGAGAAGGGAGACGAGCAUAAAAUGAGCCAUCUUGGACGGGUAUCAUUGAAAAGUCCCACUAUGGUCAUGAUUAACUUCGCGGAUAACCCAUCAGCUAUCAAAUGGGCGAAGCUAGCGAUACAGAAAUCAUAUCUCAAUGUAACACCUCAACAUGAAGGGGUUGUGCUGUAUUUGCCCGUACCUAGGAUGACACGAGAACGGAGAGAGCAACUUGCACAUGAUGCCAAAGGGAAGAUCUUCAAUGAAUAUAAGAGAGCGUUAAAUGAUAUUUACAUUCAAUUUGAAAAGAAGUCAAGUCAAGAGUCCACUAAACCCGACGAGGAGCGACAUACACGUCAAUUACUGCUAGAUCUCAAGCAUGCAAUGGAGACGAAAGGCGCAGAGCUCAUAGAAAGCAAAAGAAAAGAGUUGUUGAAGGAAAUGGCAUGAUCAUUUUCAGCUAGCAUCUGCUCACUCUAUAUGCUA